UGCGCACGCGUAGUGGCCAUAUUGGCGGUAGACGCUCGUGUACUGGUGUUAGGUUUCCUUGUGUGGUGCGAAACCCUUCGUGUAGACCCUAAUUACAGUGUCUCUUCUCCGGAGCCGUAAAGUCCAGGAAACAUGUCUCGAAGAUAUGACUCCAGGACCACUAUAUUUUCUCCAGAAGGGCGCUUGUACCAAGUGGAGUAUGCCAUGGAGGCGAUCGGACACGCAGGCACCUGUUUAGGAAUCUUAGCAAACGACGGUGUUUUGCUUGCAGCAGAGCGACGCAACAUACACAAGCUUCUUGAUGAAGUCUUUUUUUCUGAAAAAAUUUAUAAACUCAAUGAGGACAUGGCUUGCAGCGUGGCUGGCAUAACUUCUGAUGCUAACGUUCUCACUAACGAGCUGAGGCUCAUCGCCCAAAGGUACUUACUGCAGUAUCAGGAACCAAUUCCUUGUGAGCAGCUGGUCACAGCACUGUGUGACAUCAAGCAGGCUUACACACAGUUCGGAGGGAAACGUCCCUUUGGUGUCUCGCUGCUGUACAUUGGCUGGGAUAAGCAUUACGGCUUUCAGCUCUAUCAGAGCGACCCUAGCGGAAAUUAUGGGGGAUGGAAAGCCACGUGCAUUGGAAAUAACAGUGCUGCAGCUGUGUCAAUGCUGAAACAAGACUAUAAAGAGGGGGAAAUGACCCUGAAGUCAGCACUUGCGUUAGCUGUCAAAGUCCUCAAUAAGACCAUGGACGUGAGCAAACUCUCUGCUGAAAAAGUGGAAAUUGCCACGCUGACCAGAGAGAAUGGAAAGACGAUCAUCAGAGUCCUCAAACAGAAGGAAGUGGAACAGCUGAUCAAAAAACAUGAGGAAGAAGAAGCUAAGGCUGAGCGUGAGAAGAAAGAAAAAGAACAAAAAGAAAAGGACAAAUAGAGGACAAAAUCGGGGAUUUUAUAGCUCAUUUGGGUCCAUUUCAGCAUGGAGUGGAAGCUGCCCCUCUGAGCCUGGAGAGUGUUGGCUUUUUACCUGGAUGGUGGGAAGUGGGCGGAGCGUCUGACUGGGCCCUCCCUCUCUGUCCAGUUGGAUGGUGAUUGCUCUUGGACCUUUUAAUACCCCUCCCCCUUUUUUGGGAAUAAAACUUGGAAAAAAUGGAAAUGGUGAA